UGGUUCCCCACCUGUAGGUUGUCGGUCGUUAAUUUGCGCGUUUUUCGAAUUGUAGAAGAUCUGAUUAAUCUCUAGUUUCGAGCAAGUGCAGUGCUAGCAAUGGUUACAGACCAUUGAGUCGUUUUGACUUCAGAAUGAGAAUGAAUUUCAUGUGGAGAUUACUGUUUGUUAUACGAUUUGUAACGUUCGUAACAGCUGAGCUUCCUUGCCCUUCAGAAUGUCACUGUGGUUACCGAGGAUUGGAUUAUUUUGCCGAUUGCUCCGAAAAUGGGCUAACAGAGCUUCCGGAAUUCACGGAUUAUGAUGUUCAAAUACUGAUUCUGUCCAAGAAUUUAUUCAGCUUCAUACCACCGGAAAUCUCCCUUUUCACCAAUUUACGUUACCUGGACAUGUCGAAUAAUUUGAUCACGUCACUACCGGCGGAUUCAUUAGAUGGUUUACUGUCCCUGAAACAGCUCGAUUUGGCGUUCAACAACAUUUCAAGCUGGGCCAAUAUUUAUCCCAACGAGCUGCUCCUCAAAACUUCUUAUCUGGAGGAAUUUAGCUUAGCCGGAAACCAGUUCACCAGUUUCUCCAGUAACGAAGCAUCUCUUGUACUGAUAAGUCCUUCGUUGAGGUUUUUGGAUUUGAGUGACUGCAAGAUUUCCAAAGUUUCCGGAAGAGAAGUGAUACAGGGUCUGCCAAGUCUAGAACAUCUUGCACUCAACAACAAUCCUCUUAAAAGCAUUCAAGCAGACAUUGAGUCCACCAGUCUUAAGCGUUUGGAUUUGAGUGGCUGCCGAUUGAUUUCGCUUCCGUCAAACGUUUUCAGUUCCCUAACGUCGCUUCAAGUGCUCAAUUUGUCAAGAAACUAUAAAAUUUCUCUGUUUUUACAUGGAACCGUUACUUCAGACAGUUUAAGACACAUCGAUCUAUCUAACUGCAUCAUGGAUUCUAUUGACCUGGAAGGAUUUCCAAAUCUUAGGACAGCAAUUUUGAGAGGAAAUUUAAUCCGUCAAUUGACAAGAGACAGUUUCGCAGCCAAUCCACUGCUGGAAAAAAUCGAUCUAUCCUCAAACUCGAUCAAGCAAGUUCCAAACGAUGCCUUCAAACGGCUGGCACAGCUCAAGAUCCUGGACCUGUCUUUCAACACCAUAUCACAAAUCGACGGCAAAACGUUCAAAGACAACGUUCUACUGACAACGAUCAACCUGAGCCGGAACUACAUCAGCCGGAUGCAGCGCAUCGUGGCCACUUCCCUGGCUCAUCUCAACAUGAGCUAUUGCGAAAUAAUGUACAUGGAUGCCGACGCUCUCGGACAGAUGCCAGCCCUGAUCGGUUUAGAUCUGUCGCACAACCUACUUUCCGAGCUACCAACUGAUCUUCAAUCGGACACGCUGCAAACCCUUGACUUGAGCAUGUGCCGGAUAUCGUCGGUAGACAACGAAACAUUCGCUAAACUUCCCUCUCUUCUGAGGCUGAAUUUGUACGGCAACCGUCUCACCAACCCUUUCCGGCAGGAUUAUUUCGACAACAACACCUAUCUCGGCGAAAUAUGGCUCGGUGAUAAUCCGUGGCGCUGUGACUGUCGGAGCCACGAUUUUCGACAUUUUUUCGUUUUUCUGACGGAGCCUCCAGGUCGGAUAAACGAUCGAAAGCAGCUCCGGUGCACCAGCCCGGAGGACGUGGCCGGAUACACCUGGGACACGGCUUGUCGCAUGAUCUGGCACCCGGCAGAAUCCAUGGGAACGACCGAACGAAUUUGGACCUACUUUAUGCUGGCUAUCCUGGCAUUCUUCGGUUUCUUCUGUUUGUAUUCAUCGGUGAAACGUUUCAUCGAUUCUAGACGGAAAAUGGAAGCGGAGAGACAACGUCGUGAAAACAUUGAUCAUCUGCGAGAAGUGACUCGUCAAAACAACAUGCGACUUCAGCAGGAGGCACAGUGUAAUGCUCCAGAUGUUCGUGAAUCGAGGCCACCUUGCUACGAAGAUGCUAUUCUAUUGCCCAAACUGGACGCAGCUUCGUUUGCCUCUCUUGAUGAACUUGUUUUACGAGGAAAACGCAAGAAGCGAAGGAAGCAGAGACAAUCAACCAGUGAUGAACCACAGAACACGGAAGAUGAUGAGCCAGUUGAAUUACGUUCUGCGUCCAGGUCUCGUAGCGAAAAUGUACUUUCGAUGCGUGCAACAGUAUAUCAGGAACCUUCAGAUACGGUUGUUCCGAGAUCUCCCAUUUACCAAAGACCCAUGUCCAAUAGACCUGUCGUAGCGACUGUAGCAGCAAAUGUCCACGCUUCGCCGACUGAAUCCAGAACAUCUGGAACGCUUCAACAAUCAUCGCCAACAGGUGAAGAGUUGCACUACCAUUCUACAGACAUCCUAGGAAUAGCUCACACAUCCCUAAGCCCAACUUCAUCUCGCUCAACCUCCAUCCAACAAGCCAGAGAUCUUGGUCCCGGUCAAAGUUUCGAACAAAUCCAAAACUUCAACGAAAGGAGCUACGAGAAUAGUCCUUACGCAAAACGGAAAGUUAAGGCUCUGCAGCAUAUCAACCCCAACGGCAGUCUGGAAGAAAUUACUGACUUUGAAGAAUAUGACACCAGUCCUUACGCCAAACGUCGAAUUAAGCACAUGUCCAGUUUUAAGGGCAAGAACAAGCCACCAAUUCCCUUCAGACCUCCCCCAGUGGUUGCUCGAAUGUUAAGCCAAUCCGAUUCCGAAGACGAAGAGAUUAGGGUGGUCGAUGACUACUUCCGGCAGCCGAAACGACAGUCGCUGAAUUCGGACGAAUUCACAGUUCUUACCCAGGAAGACGUUGGCAGAACUUCGGUGGCCCCUGAUUCUAACCGGAGUGUAGACAUUAGCGCUGGCAGCAGUAUUGAAGUAAUUCCAGCAAAUGCUGGCAAGUGAUAGCUCCUUCCUGUUAAGAUUUUGACAACGCCUAGCGGUAGCUUUGUAAGAUGUAUUUUAAGUUAUUGUAGUAUUAAUGUCAUUUUAGACCAGAGUUGCACGAAAUAAAAUUGACCAUUCGAUUGAA